AUGUAUCGCGUCGCCAAGGCAUCGCCAGCGCGCCGUGCGUCACAGAUCCUCUCCCGCUCCUUCACCCACUCCCCCCGAUCCGCCACGUCCGCCACCCACUCCGCGCCAGCCCUCCGCCUUUCCGCCAAUGACUCCCCCGCCGCUCCGCUUUCGCUCCUCCGCACGAUCACCUCCGCCGCGUCCCUGCUGAAACCCGCGCCUUCCCCCACCGCGUCCGCGGGGGCCCCCGCGGCCGCGGCGCAGCCAGCGGAACCCGUCGCUCCGCCGCCUCCCCCGCCGGAUCACAUCGAAGUGUUCGUCGAUGGGAAGGGCCUGCACGUUCCCAAGGGCUCUACGGUCCUGCAGGCGUGCGACGCGGCGGGGAUCGACAUUCCGCGCUUCUGCUACCACCCGCGCCUCUCCAUCGCGGGCAACUGCCGCAUGUGUCUCGUCGAAAUCGAAAAGGCGCCCAAACCCGUCGCGUCCUGCGCCAUGCCGACCAUGCCCGGCAUGAAAAUCAAAACCACCACGCCGCUCGUGAAAAAAGCGCGCGAAGGAGUCAUGGAGUUUUUACUUCUUAACCACCCGCUCGACUGCCCGAUCUGCGAUCAAGGCGGCGAGUGUGACCUGCAGGAUCAGUCCAUGGAGUUCGGGAGCGAUCGUGGGCGGUUCUACGGGUUUAAGCGGAGUGUAGAGGAUAAGAACUUCGGUCCGCUGGUUAAGACGGUCAUGACGCGCUGCAUCCACUGCACGCGCUGCGUGCGAUUCGCGAAGGAGGUAGCGGGGGUGGAGGACCUCGGGAUGACGGGGCGCGGGCGCGACUCGGAGAUUGGGACCUACGUGGAGCGCAUGCUCACGAGCGAACUUUCCGGGAACGUGAUCGACCUCUGCCCCGUCGGCGCUCUCACGUCGAAGCCGUUCGCGUUCACGGCGCGGUCGUGGGAACUGAAGGGGACGGAAUCCGUCGACGUGUCAGACGCGAUCGGCGCCGCGAUCCGCGUGGAUAGCCGCGGCGGGGAGGUGAUGCGGGUCCUUCCGCGCCUCAACGAGGGGGUGAACGAGGAGUGGUUGACGGAUAAGGGGAGGUUCGCGUAUGACGGGUUGAAACGCCAACGGCUCUUUGCGCCUAUGGUUCGCAGCGCGAUUACCGGCCAAUUAGAGGUCGCCAGCUGGCCCGAGGCGCUGGAGGCGGCGGCAAAGGCGCUGGUGGGGGUUAAGGGGGAGGAGGUGCAGGCGGUGGCAGGGCGGCUCGCGGACGCCGAGGCGCUAGUGGCUCUUAAAGACCUAAUGAACCGGCUCGGGUGUGAUAACCUCCGCGCGGACGACGGGGAUUGGGUGGCGGGAGGCGCGGCGAACGCGGAUCUGCGGUCGUCCUACGUGGCAAACACGGGAUUGGCCGGCUUGGAGGACGCUGACGUGGUGCUGCUGAUCGGGACGGACCCGCGCAGCGAAGCGCCACUCCUGAAUCUCCGCCUGAGAAAGGCUGUGAUUGGCCGACGCGCGAAAGUCGCCAACAUAGGCCCUCCCCUGGAUCUCACCUUCCCCAGCGAGGGUUUAGGGGAGGGAGCAGACGUGCUAGUGAAAAUCGCGGAGGGCAAGCAUCCGUUCUGUGAGGUGCUGAAACAGGCGAAGCAGCCGGCUGUGAUUGUGGGCGCUGGAGUGAUGAAGCGCGCCGAUAGGGAGGCUGUAAUGGCUGCCGUGCAGACGAUUGUAGCGAAUGCGGGGGUGGUGAAGGAGGGGUGGAACGGAUACAACGUGCUGCACCUCGCUGCCGGUCGUGUGGCCUCUCUGGACGUUGGCUUCGUGCCCGGGCCCAAAGCUGCUCUCUCCAGCACGCCCCCCAAGGUGGUGUAUCUGCUGGGGGCGGAUGAUUUUGCAGAGGCGGACAUCCCUUCGGACGCCGUUGUGAUCUACCAGGGCCACCAUGGGGACCGCGGGGCCAGCCGCGCUGAUAUCGUGCUGCCGGGGGCUGCUUACACUGAGAAGGAAGCCACGUAUGUGAACACGGAGGGGCGGGUGCAGAUGACACGGGCAGCGGUGCCGACAGUGGGGAGUGCAAGGGACGACUGGAAGAUCAUUCGAGCCGUCUCUGAGGUGGCGGGCGUGGCUCUGCCUUAUGACACUGUGGAGCAAGUCAGGGAAAGGCUGCGGGAGGUGGCCCCUCAUCUGGCGCGGAUUGACGAGGUGGAGCCGCCUCUCACGCUCAGCGUUCAAGCAGGGGUGCACAGCACGGGUGGAGCUGUUCUUGCAGACCCCUUUGAGCUGCCGGUGCUCAAUUUCUACAUGACGGAUGCGAUUUCACGGGCAUCAGUGACCAUGGCCAAGUGCACGUCUGCUAAAGCCAAGCAGGCGGCACAGCCGCUGCACUGA